AGCACUACCGCACGACCGGAAACAGAGCAACUCCUAGCCGCAGCUCUGAAAUACCGGAUGGUUCACUCCUUUCAAUAUCACGUCAGCGGCCAGCGUCAGAGAUGCUCACGCGAGGGAAACGGGCACGGAUGCAGUUGGAGGAUUCUUCCAUUGAAGAGGGAAACGAGGCAUUGCCUCUCCUGUCGCUGCCCGACGUGCCGCUCGUGAAUGUGCUCUCCCGCCUGUCGCCCAAGGACCUGUGGGCCGUCGGGCAGGCGAGCCCGCGGCUGGGUGCGCUCACCAGGGCGCACACGUCGUUGUGGGUGGCGGACGGGAACAACGGUGGCAGUAGUGGCAAGCUGUACUUCGGGGACGUCGGUAGCAUCCUGGCCCUGCUGCGUGUGGCGCCGCCCGUGGACGAGUUGCAUUAUGAAGUUCGACGUCCUCUGUUCCUUCCACCUUAUGUCGUGAGCUUGACGAGAAAGAAGUCGAACGUGUUGAAAAUGGAGGUGAAGGGCAGCACGGUGGAGUGCUGCGCUGCCAUUAUCCGGGAGCUUGGUGGCCGACUGCAGCGUGUGGGGAUUUCAAGGCUCGAUCAUGGACUGGAGGGGAUACUCAGCAGCCUGCAAGAAGCCCUCUCCGUAAAGUCUAUCGAGUUGUCCUUGGUAUCCUAUUUCGACAGAUGUGCCUUCAAAUGGCCACAGACCGUAGUGCUGCCCAGGCUGAACACCAUUAUACUGCUGUUGUCAAUUCUGACAGACGAUGACGAGGAUGAAGAGAAAUCUGGGCCACAUUCCACUUUGCUUGACGCCCUCCGUUCGAUACUGCUAGCGCACAGGCGACAGUUGCGUGACGUGAGGAUCUCGUCGCAACUGCUGCCCCUUCUGGACUCAUGCCCCAGCAGACUUCAGCAGAUGACUGUGGUCGCCCGACAGGGUUUUGACGUGGGCUCAGGACUACAGCGAUUGCGCGGACUUAAUCGACUCACGAUCUUACAGUUGGGUGACGAGCAGGUCGAGCAGGUGGAUACGUUGCUGAAGUCAUGCCGGUCCCCGCUGGAAAACCUCAUCCUCUUACUUUGCUGUGAUCAGACAUUGCAAACCGUGGGAUCUAUCGGGCUUACAAGCCUCCGGUAUAUCUUGCUGUUCUGUGGGUACACUAACCAGUGGGCUCUCGGGUCACUGGAAGUGGCGCUCGCCGGCCUGCCCAACCUCCGCACGCUGAUCGUCGGCGGCCUCGACGACCCGCUUCAGGAGCUCUCCCGCGUCCCAGCCUCCGCCAUUCCUAACCUCACCCUCCUCGUCUUCCAGGAAAAGGGAAGAUUUGACAUGGAUUCGCCGGCCGACUAUACCGGCUUCCGAGACUGCCAGGACCUGGUGCUCCGCGCCCCCAAGUCGCUCCACGUGGGGGCGAGUUUCGGAGGAGGCGGUUGCAUCGUGUUCUGCAGGCACGCCACAGACGAGUUCACAGUGGCGUCGUGCCCGACGUGCGGAAGAGAAGAAACUGAAAUCUCGACCGUUGCCAUUGUUCAGGUGCAGUAAAUAAAUUUGGCUCUUCAUCAAA